AUGAGCACCUUCACUACCCUUUCAAUCUGCUCCAUCCUUUUUGUUACCCUCUACUUCACCUCCGCCGAUGCAGCCAAGUUUGACAUCAGAAACAACUGUCCCCACACUGUCUGGGCGGCCGCAGUUCCAGGAGGCGGUAAGCGACUUAACCAUGGCGAAACAUGGACCAUUACCGCGAAUCCUGGCACCAAAGAGGCCCGAAUUUGGGCUCGAACCGGCUGCCAGUUUGACGCAGCUGGCAAAGGCAAGUGCCAAACUGGUGAUUGCAACGGUGUCCUCCAAUGCAAAGGCUAUGGAGUUCCUCCUAACACCUUAACCGAGUACGCGUUGGACCAGUAUGAGCACCAGGACUUCAUUGACAUCUCUAACAUUGAUGGGUUCAAUGUUCCUAUGGAAUUUAGCGCGGCUCCUGGUGGUAAAUGCACGCGUGUAAUCAAGUGUACGGCUGAUAUUGUUGGGCAGUGUCCGCAUCAAUUGAAGGUACCUGGAGGAUGUAACGGGCCAUGUCAUGUGUUCAAGACGGACGAGCAUUGCUGCAACUCUGGUAACUGCGGACCUACAAAUUUCUCUAGGUUUUUCAAGCAGAGGUGCCCGGAUGCUUACAGUUACCCUAAGGAUGAUGCAACAAGCACAUUUACUUGCCCGACCGGAACCAACUACAAGGUUGUGUUCUGCCCUUGAA